CGGUGGUGCUUGCGAAACGAGGUCGUUUCAGUGACUAUCUUCUUUCCCAAUCAAACCCGGAUAUAAUUCCCGUUUCCACCAGAUCUAAAUCCUUAUUCUGGAAAUCACUGUUAAUUGAUUGGGAUCAGUUAUUAUUUUCUUCAUAGCAAUGGCGGCCGAACCAAAGACAGUGACCGAAGAUGCAAAGAUCGAUCUGUUCGAAGAUGAUGACGAGUUUGAAGAGUUUGGAAUCAACGAAGAGUGGGAGGAUAAGGAUGAAGGGAAUGAUGUUGCGCAGCAGUGGGAAGAUGAUUGGGAUGAUGAUGAUGUCAAUGAUGAUUUCUCUCUACAGCUUAGGAAGGAACUGGAGAACAACACUGAGAAGAACUGAGCUAAUUUUAGUAAUUUCUGUUGUUUUCAUGCUUUUUCUUUUUCAUACGUCUAUUCUGUGAAUCGUGUACAACUUUCAAUUCAUUGAAAUUUAGAAGCUUACUGUAAACUGUCAAUGUGGAACUAAAUGUUAUGAUUUUGUGAAUUCGUUUCAA